AUGACGACUCUUCACCCGUCGCGCGGCGCUUCGCACCGCGCCGGCGACGCCUCUCAGAUUUGUCGCCGUUUUUCAGCAGCAGGAGGAGCAGCAACUACAGCGAGUAAGGGAGGUAAAGGAGAGCUACUAGCUCUCUCUCUCCUCUUCUCUGGAGGAGCAUGCGGGAACAACGGAAGCGGGAAUGGGAGCUCGCGGGUCAGCGACUCGCGGGAAUGGGAGCUCAAGGGAAGUAACGCGGGGAGGUGGUCUCACAUCCACGCGGAAGUGGCGGAAGGGAGCUCGCGGGGGCUGCGGCGAACAAAGGAGGUAAAAGCCCCGGAGGCUUUCACGUGCAGGAGGACUUUGGAGGAGGCAGCAACGGUAGGGGAGGAGCGACGACGGGAGAAAGAGCUCUUCCUCGUCAUUCUUUGUGCAGGAGGUAGCGGCAGCAUCGGCAGGAGGAGGAACGACAACGGGAGAGAACUCUCUUCCUCUUCUUUCUCUGUGCAGGAGCUUGCGGCAACAACGGCAGCGAGGGAGCGACAACGGGAGCGUGGGAGCAACAACGGGAGCGAGGAGCCUGACCGUACGCCGGCGCAUGGGAGCACGGCGACACAUGGACGAAUGGCGACGAACGGGGGACGCGCGGCGACUUACGGAGACGCAGCCUGA